AAGCUAUGAGCAAAGCAGGGGAAACUUCGAAGCCCAAACAUUAGAUCAAGGUAAGUGUAAUAAAUCUAAUGAUACAUUUCAUGUAUAUCUCUGGGUUAAAAAUUAAAUAGUUUGUGAGUUGCUAAUAUUUUUUUUAUUGAAGCUACUGUAGUGUAUGUAUAUGUAUUCGGAGAAUUUUGUGGUCUAUGCAUUUUUGUUUUUUCUAAUGUGUGGUCUAUGCAUUUUUACGUAGAUAGGAAAACUAUUGAUGUAAUUUAAUGAAUUUAUUACAAUAAUAUAUUCAAUUUGAAUAAAGACUUUCCAUUACUCAAAUGUUAUUACAUGUAUGUGAGUAAAUUAGUUAAUAAGUUGAAACAAUUACCAUAAUUUAAAGGAUUUUAGUUUGACUAACAUCAUACAGUAUUCUUCUCCCAAGUUUACCUUUGGGAGUUUAUACUUUAUAUAAAACCACCUUUCAGUACUUUUUCAAAUAUUUGUAUAUUUCACUACAAACUUACAGAAAAAGAUGAAUAAUCCAAAUAGAGAAAGCCCAAUUCACAUAAUUUUCAAAUUACUGCCAUUAAUCUUUUUCAUAAUCUUCUUAUCCACCGUUGUUUCAUCUCAUUCACCAUCCUACACCACUCACAAAACGCAUCGUUUAACCGAAACCAAAACCAUCCCUGAGCUCAUAAUCGCCGACUUAAACCUAACCAUCUUAAAGGUUAAUCUCGCUUCAUCCAACUUCUCUGACCUCCAAACCCGUCUUGGUCCAAACCUAACCCACUGUGAACGUUGCGCAUUCGAAGACUGUCUCGGGCUACUCGAUGACACCAUCUCCGACCUCAAAACCGCAAUCUCCAAACUCCGAUCUUCCUCUUUUGAGUUCAACGACGUCAGUUUGUUGCUCAGCAACGCCAUGACAGACCAAGACACGUGUCUUGAUGGUUUCUCGACAAGCGACAAUGAGAAUAAUAAUGAUAUGAUGUAUGAAUUGCCUGAGAACUUGAAGGAGAGCAUCUUAGACAUCUCUAACGACCUUAGCAACUCCCUCGAUAUGCUUCAGAUGAUCUCAGGGAAGAACUCUACCCUAGAAUCAUCUGAAGUUGACGUUGAGUACCCGAGUUGGGUCUCAAAGAAUGACAAGAGACUCCUUGAGGCUCCAGUACAAGAGAUCACCAAUUUUAAUCUCUCAGUGGCGAUUGAUGGUACCGGAAACUUCACAACCAUUAAUGCCGCCGUCUCUGCCGCUCCCAACAAGAGUGAUACUAGAUUUAUUAUCUAUAUAAAAGGUGGGGAAUAUUUUGAGAACGUCGAAUUACCGAAGAAGAAGACAAUGAUAAUGUUUAUCGGAGAUGGUAUCGGAAAAACAGUCAUAAAAGCAAACCGCAGCCGCAUUGAUGGAUGGUCAACAUUUCAAACUGCUACCGUUGGCGUGAAAGGUAAAGGUUUCAUAGCUAAGGACAUAUCCUUCGUGAAUUUUGCUGGACUGGCCAAAGAACAAGCCGUGGCAUUGCGAAGCGGCUCUGAUCACUCUGCCUUUUAUCGUUGUGAGUUCGAUGGUUACCAAGACACCCUUUAUGUUCAUUCAGCCAAACAAUUCUAUCGAGAAUGCGAUAUAUAUGGUACUAUCGAUUUCAUAUUCGGCAACGCGGCUGUUGUGUUCCAGAAUUGUAGUCUUUAUGCUCGUAAACCAAAUCCUGAACAUAAAAUUGCAUUCACCGCUCAAAGCCGCAAUCAGUCAGACCAGCCCACCGGUAUAUCUAUCAUUCAUAGUAGAAUCUUGGCCGCACCUGAUUUGAUCCCUGUGAAAGAAAAUUUCACGGCGUACUUAGGUCGACCAUGGAGAAAAUAUUCUAGGACGGUUAUCAUAAAAUCAUUUAUUGAUGAUCUCAUACAUCCUGCUGGAUGGUUGGAGUGGAAAAAAGAUUUUGCACUUGAAACCUUAUAUUAUGGAGAGUAUAUGAAUGAAGGGCCUGGGGCAAACAUGACAAAUCGGGUCACAUGGCCCGGUUUUCGACGCAUCGAAAACGAAACGGAGGCAACCCAAUUCACCGUCGGUCCAUUUAUCGAUGGUAGCACAUGGCUUAAUUCAACCGGCAUCCCUUUUACUCUCGGUUUCUAAUCGUUAAAAUUACUAAUAAUGAAGCAAUUUGUUGUAACCACCAUAUUGGAUCGUAAACAUGGG